GAAAAAUAUCUCCAACCGUCCGGACUGGCUCUCUCUCUCUCUCUCUCUCUGUGUCUCUCUCUCUCUCUCUUCACCUUUACACAUUAUGUCUGCACUGACGCCUCGCAUUUCGCUCCUCUCCAGCUCGGCGUUGGUGUAAUCUCGGAAAUAUGGAUUGACUUUGACUAUACUCGGUCGCCUGUUGAAGUUUUAAAGCGCAUUUCUCCGGCUGGUCGUGCCUCUCUGCUCAACGAGCUUCAUGUUUCCUUCGGCAACUUUCGGAAGUAACUCGUUCCGGAUGUGUUCACACUGUUGAACUGAUCCGUGCGCGCGAUCAGAAGGAUUUUAAAUACGGAUUGUGUUCGAGGCUUUUCACACUUCUUUUAUUUGUGUUUAAAGUGAUGGCGGAGCGGGGAGCCCGGCUGCUCCUCUCUCUUUUCUGCCUCACGAUCACAGUUUCCCAUGCUGAAAAAGGAUCAGCAGUGAGGAACUUCAGCCCAUUCUGGUUCUCCACGGAGCCGUCAGAUACGCUGGCAGUGCGAGGAGCGCCGACGCUGCUCAACUGCUCAGUCCACAGCGAGUCUCCUGCCAAGAUCGAAUGGAAGAAAGAUGGCUCUUUCCUCAGCCUGGCCUCAGACGAUCGCAGGCAGGUCCUGGCCGACGGCUCUCUGCUUAUCAGCUCAGUGGUCCACUCUAAACACAAUAAACCCGACGAGGGGGUUUACCAAUGCGUGGCCACUAUAGACAACCUGGGCACCAUCAUAAGCCGUACAGCUAGGCUCAGUGUCGCAGGUAUACCGCGGUACCUCAGUCAGCCAGAAUCAGCUUCAGUGCGGGUGGGUGACAGUCACGUGCUGAACUGUGAAGUGAAUCCAGACCUGGUGUCUUUCAUCCGCUGGGAACAAAACAAAGAGCCGGUUGAGCUGGACCAGAGAGUCUUCACGCUGCCCAGCGGUGCUCUCGUCAUCAGUAAUGCAACAGAGGCAGAUGCAGGCCUGUACCGCUGUGUGAUCGAGAACGCUGGGCCCACCAAAACCAGUGAAGAGGCGGAAAUACAGAUACUACCUGAAUCAGAGGAAGAAAGGACCCUGGAGUUUCUCCUGGAGCCUCAGCCUGUGUCUAAAGUUGUUGGGGAGAGUGUGCUGCUUCCCUGUGUGGUGACGGGAUAUCCCACAGCCUACGUCACAUGGAUGCACAAAGACCAGCUCAUCGAGUACAGCAAGAGCCGCUUUGAAGUGCUUGGUGGAGGCAGUCUGCGGAUCUUCAAUCUCACUGAGGAAGACGCUGGUGUGUACAGCUGCAUGGCAGACAAUGGCAACGGAUCUGUUGAGGCCCAGACUGAGCUCACGCUGAAAGCUUCCCCACAGUUCCUGAAGAAACCAGCUAGCAUAUAUGCUCAUGAAGCCACAGACAUCAUCUUCGAGUGCGAGGUUACCGGCUCACCCGCUCCCACUAUCAAAUGGGUGAAGAACGGAGAUGCCGUCAUUCCCAGCGACUAUUUCAAGAUCAUUAAGGAGCAGAACUUGCAGGUGUUGGGCCUGGUCAAGUCAGAUGAAGGUUUCUAUCAGUGUUUAGCUGAGAAUGACGCUGGAAACGUGCAGUCGAGUGCUCAGCUCAUCAUACUGGAUCAAGAUGUAGCUAUCCCCUCACCCCCUCCCACCUCACUGACCCGUGCCACUACUGACCGUCUAAUGCCAGGCUCCAGAGGCGGCGCUGGUCCCACACCCUCCGCCCCACGUGAUGUUGUGGCCUCCCUGGUCUCCACCCGUUUCAUCAAGCUGACCUGGCGCCUUCCUGCUGAACCGCAUGGAGAUGAUGUCACCUACUCGGUCUACUACAGCGUGGAGGGCAAUAACAGGGAGAGGAUAGUGAACACGAGUCGUCCAGGAGAAAUGCAAGUCACCAUUCAGAACCUCAUGCCAGACACCAAGUACUCCUUCCGCGUGGUGGCCCACAACAGAAACGGCCCUGGAGAGAGCUCAGCGCCUCUGAGGGUGGCCACCCAGCCUGAAGUCCAGGUUCCUGGUCCUGCUCCAAACCUACAUGCAGUGGUCACUUCCCCCACCACAGUGAGUCUCAGCUGGGACAUGCCUCUCAUAGGCAAUGGCGAGAUCCAAAACUAUAAAAUCUACUACAUGGAGAAGGGCAUGGACAGUGAGCAGGAUCUGGAUGUGAACACAUUGUCACACACUAUGACUGGACUAAAGAAGUUCACAGAGUACAAUUUCAGAGUGGUGGCCUAUAACAAACAUGGAUCUGGAGUGUCCACUGAGGACAUAUCUGUGCGCACAUACUCUGAUGUCCCCAGUGCUCCGCCACAGAACAUGACGGUUGAAGUGCUGAACUCUAAGAGCAUCAUGGUCAGAUGGCAGCCUCCACCAGCAGAUGCUCAGAAUGGUGAGAUCACCGGCUAUAAGAUUCGCUACAGGAAGGGUACAAGGAAGAGCGAGGCAGCCGAGAUUACUUCAGGAUCGCAGCUCUAUCAGCUCAUAGAUGGUCUUCAACGAGGCACUGAAUAUAUGUUGCGAGUGUCAGCCAUUACUGUCAACGGCACGGGUCCAGCCACAGACUGGACCACCGCUGAGACGUUUGAGAGCGAUCUGGACGAGACAACUGUGCCAGACGCCCCAAGCUCCUUGCACGUUCGGCCACUUGUAAACAGCAUAGUAGUGAGUUGGACGCCCCCGGAGAACCAGGACAUUGUGGUGAGGGGUUACACUAUCAGCUAUGGGAUCGGCAGCCCUCACGCCCAGACCAUUAAAGUGGACUACAAGCAGAGAUACUACACCAUUGAGAACUUGAAUCCCAGCUCGCACUACGUUAUCACACUGAAGGCCUUCAACAAUGUGGGGGAGGGAAUCCCUGUGUAUGAGAGCGCCGUCACACGACCCCAAUCAGACCCCAUAGACCCUGAUGUUGAUUUGUACGAACUUUUCCAUGCUCCAUACACUCCAGUACCAGACCCUUUACCCAUGCUGCCUCCUGUGGGCGUUCAGGCAUCCGUCCUAAACCACGACACCAUUAAAGUCACCUGGGCGGACAACUCGCUGCCUAAGAACCAGAAGAUCACAGAUUCACGCUACUACACAGUGCGCUGGAAAACCAACAUACCCGCAAACACCAAGUUUAAGAUGGCUAACACCACCACAUUAAUUCACACGGUGACGGGUCUUAAGCCCAACACCUUGUACGAGUUCUCUGUCAUGGUGACCAAGAGCCGGAGGACCAGCACCUGGAGUAUGACUGCACAUGGAACAACUUUUGAAAUAAUCCCAAGUUCUGCACCUAAAGAUGUGACUGUAGUGAGCAAAGAGGGACGACCACGAACCAUCAUCGUUAACUGGCAGCCACCUUCAGAAGCCAAUGGCAAGAUCACAGGUUACAUCAUUUACUACAGCACUGAUGUGAAUGCAGAGGUUCAUGACUGGGUCAUUGAGCCAGUAGUGGGGAACAGGCUAACCCAUCAGAUUCAAGAGCUGACCCUUGAUACCACCUACUACUUCAAGAUUCAGGCCCGCAACUCGAAGGGGAUGGGUCCUAUGUCUGAUGCUGUUCAGUUCCGCACUCCUAAAGCCGAAUCCUCUGACAAAAUGGCUAAUGACCAAGCUCCAGGUAUGUCGGUGAAACCAGGAAGACCCUCUGCACCAGAACAAGGUUUUGGACCAGUUGGGAAAACAGAUAUGUCUAGCACUGGUGAUAACCACAUCCUGGUUAUCGUCAUAAUUGUGUCUGUGGGUGCAUUUACCAUCAUUCUGGUGGUGGUUGGCGCCUUCCUGUGUACACGCCGUACCACAACACAGCAGAAAAAGAAACGUGCAGCCUGCAAGUCUGCCAAUGGAUCCCACAAGUAUAAGGGCAACUCCAAAGAUCUGAAACCACCAGACCUCUGGAUCCACCACGAACGUUUGGAGUUAAAACCUAUUGACAAAUCGCCUGAACCCAAUCCAGUCAUGACCGACACACCAAUCCCCCGAACCUCCCAAGACAUUACCCCGGUGGAUGGGUCUAUGGAUCCAAUGCUCCAGAGACGUAACUCCUACCGUGGCCACGAAUCAGAGGACAGCAUGUCUACACUGGCAGGCCGUCGGGGAAUGAGACCUAAAAUGAUGAUGCCCUUUGAUGCACAACCCCCUCAGCCUGUGAUUAGUGCUCACCCCAUCCAUUCCCUCGAUAACCAUCACCAUCAUUAUCACUUGGGCAGCCUGGCCUCGCCAACACGCAGCUAUCUCCACCACCAGAGCAGCACGCGGUCCAUCGCCACCCCCAUCUCUCAUCUAGACAGGGCAGAGUCAACAGAGUCAGUAAGGAACACCCCUAGUGUUGACCUGCACCCUCCAUCUGGACAGCCCUCCUGCACCACUGACCUUUCAGAGACAGAUGUUAGCUACCACAGCUCAGCUGCUGAAGAGGAGCCAGCGUUCAGCACACCCACCGCACACGUUCGUCCCACGCACCCACUAAAGAGUUUUGCAGUGCCUGCCAUCCCAGCUCACCCCAUGUAUGACUCAGCAGCAUUACCCAGCACUCCACUGCUGUCUCAGACCGGGCCUCACUCAGUUAAAACAGCCUCUAUUGGUACGUUGGGAAGGACGAGAACUCCUAUGCCUGUCAUAGUUCCAAGUGCGCCAGAUGUCUCAGAAAGCAUCAGACUGCAUGAAGAUGCAGGGAGCUACCAUUGACCAUCCCCUCAUAAACCCCGUUCCCCAAACCCCAGCUCAUCCCAACCCCACCCCCCGCAGUAACCUUCUUCAUCUCCCUCAGAAUUACGAGACGGACGAGUUGACGGAGGAAAUGGCCCAUCUGGAGGGCUUAAUGAAGGACCUAAACGCCAUCACGACAGCCUGAGCACAAUCCUCACAAUAACACUAGACCUCACCUGCCACGGGGAGGACGUACAGCAUGGAGGAGUUCUCAAUCAUUCGCUAAAUGGAGAGAGAAGAGAGUGAGACGGGAAAAAUCAAAACACUAACGUUUGGCAUACCUUGCUUGCUCUCAGGAAGGAGAAACCCAUCAACUGAGGACAGUGGACAUUCUGAGAAAGGACGUGGUUGCUUCAACCAGACGAUUGCGAUUAUUCUCUCAGCAUCCUAAAACGUUUCCUUAUGUUUCAGCGGAGACCGUUUGAAAAGACACCAUUUUAUUAUCCUACGAAAAAAGGAAAACUACAUUAUGCUGGUGUACGUGUUGGUGCUUGUAAGGCACAAUUUACAGUGUUUCAUUUGUGUCUUUUCUUUGUAUGUUUUUGUAUCUAUAUAUAUUGCCCCCGUUCCAGUGAGCUGAACGUUGGACGUCGUCCUUUUUAUUUCUGCGACUCAUUUUGUAUUAAGCAUUUUGAUUGGUGUCUCUUUCAUAUAACGUGCCAUGUCUUAUUUUCUUAAACAUGUUUUGUAUUGUUUUAUAUGCAUAUACACUUAUCAGUUUGUAUAUAUGUUUAAAACGGACUCAUUUCGCCACCACAGCAAUGUUUUUGACCUCUCACGACAGUUUCCGUUUAGUCAGAGACAUGCUGCUUUUUCAUUUGCUAUUCGAAUGGAUUUCCCCCUUCUACAUCAUGCCUGUUUUAAAUGGGAGUUCCCUUCAGAUAUGCCUUAUUAAAUUCGUGUGGAAUGGCAGAAAUCAUUACAACUGGGAAUGUUUUUGAAAUGUUUAUCACACAACACUGUGAUAUUUAUUCUGUAGUAAUGCUGAACUGGUACUGGUCACAGUCCGUUGGUACGAGAGCGUAGACCUCCAUCACACAUGCUGUCAGACUUGGUGCUGAAACUCAAAACGUCAGGUUCUACAUAUUCACGACUGCUAAAUGAACAAAUUUGGUAGAUUGGAAAAAGUGCUUUAUAUGGUUUAUUGCUGCAUUGGUCUGAAUUCUUGUAUCAUAGCUCAAUGAAUGAAUGACAACAUUCACUGUGAGAUUUUACAGACCGUGUUCUCGGCACUUAAUGCAACAAAGUGCAAAUGCAACUUUUAUACAGGACUCCCCAUGUUCAUCUUUUAUUUUCCAUUAUAUUUCUUGUAUUUGUUUCAUAUGAAGAACUUGUAUAGAAUUUCAAUGUGUGAGGCAAAAAAACGCAACUGUUCCUCCCCUGCUGGAUAUGGUUUUGAUCUGUACUUUUACCCAAAGAAAAUAUGUAACAGCAAUCAUAAUUUUGUUUUAUGAAUUUAAUGUCUCAUUUUCUUGAAUGUCAUUCUGACUGUAAGAAAUCAUUCUGGGUAACUAGGAACAAGCUUGGUUAAAAACUAUUUGGGAUAA